AUGCUGCUGCAGCCGGCGGCGUGCGCCCCGAGCGCGGGCUUGGCGCGGCCCCUGGCCACCCGCGGCGCCAUGCACGGCUCGCAGAAGGACACCACGUUCACCAAGAUCUUCGUGGGCGGCCUGCCCUACCACACCACCGACGCCUCGCUCAGGAAGUACUUCGAGGGCUUCGGGGACAUCGAGGAGGCCGUGGUCAUCACGGACCGCCAGACGGGCAAGUCCCGCGGCUACGGCUUCGUGACCAUGGCCGACCGCGCGGCGGCUGAGCGGGCUUGCAAAGACCCCAACCCCAUCAUCGACGGCCGCAAGGCCAACGUGAACUUGGCGUACCUGGGGGCCAAGCCGCGGAGCCUGCAGCCAGGCUUUGUAGGAGUGCAGCAGCUCCACCCCGCCGUGAUCCAGCGGACCUACGGGCUGACUCCUCACUACAUCUACCCGCCAGCCAUCCUGCAGCCCAGCCUGUUGGUCCCAGCGGCUCCUGUCCCCUCACUGUCCUCGCCUUACAUCGAGUACACGCCGGCCAACCCUGCCUUUGCCCAGUACCCGCCAGCCGCCUAUGACCAGUACCCGUACUCAGCCUCGCCCGCCCCGGCGGCCAGCUUCGUGGGCUACAGCUACCCGGCCGCCCUGCCGCAGGCCCUCCCGGGCACCGCCUCUGCGGCCACCACCUUCGUGCAGUACCAGCCACCGCAUCUGCAGCCAGACAGGUUGCAGUGA